GAUUUAUUAGAUUUAUUUUUAAUUAAGCGUUUGCAUGUAUGAAUAUGUUGUCCCACUGAGGUCUGAAGGUCUGUAACUGGGGUUAGAAGCAGCUGUGAAGCCACCUGGGAACCGAACUCUGGUCCUUUACAAGAUCAGUAUACGCUCUUAGCCAGUGAGCAGUCUCUUCAGCCCCGAAGAAUAAAAGUUCCUCGUGGUACUUGCUUUUAAAGAAAUGGGACUAAAAGUAAUCCGAGGCUGGGUGUCUGUGAGCCGUGAACGAGUAAAGCUGAGGCUGCCAAGUAUCGCUUCAGUAACGAAUGAACAGUUCUCAGCAAAAAUAACCCCAUCACUGAUCACCAACUCUGGCCUUGGCGCAAGGUCUCAGCGACACCGGAAGAAGGAAGAAGCUAAUCACCGGGCAUGGCUCCGUGUGUGCAUGCGCAGGCGCCGGCCGCAGGAUGCGGCUCCGCCACUCAGCCUGAGCGGGUUGCAGUGUGGCCCAACGCGCCAGGCACCAUGCGUCUGGAAUCGAUCCGCUACUCCCCGGGCUCCCUGCAGAUCCUCAAUCAGCUGCAAUUGCCUGAGCACUGCAGCUACGAGGCACUGGGCUCGGUGCAGCAGGCCAGCGAGGCCAUCCGCGCCAUGAAGGUGCGAGGCGCCCCCGCCAUCGCCCUGGUGGGCUGCCUCAGCCUGGCGGUGGAGCUGCGGGCGGGCGCCGGCGGUCCUGGGCUUGCUUCUCUGGUGGCCUUCGUGCAAAACCAGCUGCGUCUCCUUGUCGCCGCCAGGCCCACCGCUGUCAACAUGGCCCGUGCCGCCCGAGAUCUGGCUCGCGUGGCAGCCCGGGAGGCGGAGCGCAAGGGUGCCACGGAGGAGACCGUGCGGGAAAGAGUGAUCUGCUUCGCCGAGGAUAUGUUGGAGAAAGACCUCAAAGAUAACCGGAACAUCGGGGACUUGGGAGCCCGCCACCUUCUAGAGCAUACCAAUCCCAGGGGUGGCAAGGUGACAGUGCUGACCCACUGUAACACCGGCGCUCUGGCCACUGCCGGCUAUGGGACAGCCCUAGGCGUGAUCCGAUCCCUACAUGAGAUGGGCCGAUUGGAGCAUACCUUCUGCACAGAGACCCGGCCCUACAACCAGGGAGCCCGGCUGACAGCCUUCGAGCUGGUGUACGAGCAGAUUCCUGCUACCCUCAUCACCGACAGCAUGGCGGCUGCUGCUAUGGCACACCAGGGUGUAUCAGCUGUGGUAGUGGGAGCUGACCGUGUCGUUGCCAAUGGAGACACAGCCAACAAAAUAGGCACGUACCAACUGGCCAUUGUCGCCAAGCACCACGGAAUCCCCUUCUACGUGGCUGCCCCCAGCUCAUCCUGUGACCUCCAACUGGAGACUGGCAGGGAGAUUGUCAUAGAGGAGCGACCUAGCCAGGAGCUGACGGACCUGAAUGGAGUCAGGAUUGCUGCACAGGGAAUCCGGGUUUGGAAUCCUGCCUUUGAUGUCACCCCCCACGAACUCAUCACCGGUGGCAUCAUCACUGAACUGGGUGUCUUUGCCCCUGAGGAGCUCCGAGCAGCCCUAAGUGCCUCCGUCUUCUCAGAGGGACAGACCCUAGAUAAUCUCCAGAUGUGACACGCCCCCAUACCUGCUGUAGUUCCUCUGGUUUUAUAAUAAAGUUUUCAAAUGGC